GAGACCCCAAAGUUCCACCCAGAUGGAGGUGGAACGUGCGAAGCUGAAAGAGCGUGACCCCGUGAGUAAUGCCUACCGCAUCCGCGAUCUAGAGGAGAAGCUGAACGUGCGGGCGCAGGAACUGGCGCAGAGGGUACUUGAAGAGGAUCUCAAAGGCAUUGACACGGAGCCCGAGGAUGUGCCACUUGUGCUGCUUCAUCCGCACAAGGACCCUGAGUUUGCUUCGUUUCUUCCUGACCUUCGCCGUCUCAAAAAGAACUCUGGGCGGAACGCCGCGCCAAUCUCGGCUGUACAGAACAAGAUGAACGAUAGGGUGCAUGAACUGGCGAGGGAAAUGAUUACUGAGGGCCGGAAUUCCCUUGAUUCCGAACCGGAAGGUGUGCCACUUGGGUAUCUUCCACUUGACACGGACAAACAGUUUGGCGAGCUGGAGAAGAAGCUGUAUGCCCUGCAGGCAGCGCCACGGCGGAAUGACGGUGCUAUUGCGAAUCUGAGGGAACGGCUGAAUGACCGUGCCCACGAGCUGGCAAAGGAGAAGAUUCAGGGUGACCGCGGCUUCCUGGAGCCGGAGCCGGAGGGCAUUCCGCUUUCCGACCUUCCCCUCGACUCGGAUGAGAAGUUCCACAAGAUGGAGACGGAGCGAGCCAAAUUGAAAGAGAAUCCUGCGAAGAAUGCAGAUGCGAUAGCUCGUAUGGAGAAAGACCUCAAUGAUCGUGUCCACGAGAUGGCGAAGGAACUCAAGGAGGAGGUUCGUGCCUUUUUGAACACCACAUCCUACGGCAUCUCGAAGGAGCUUCUGCCUCUUGACAAGGACCGCAACUUCCAGGGCAUGGAGCAGCAGUUACGAAAGCUUGGGCGCAACUCUCGCCAAAAUGCGGCUGCUAUUGAAAGUCUUCGGGAAAUGUUGCAAGACCGUGCCGAUGAGCUGGGCCUGCAGAUGCUAAGGGGUGAUCGUCCCAAGUAUCUUGAGCCUGAAUACGAUGGCGUUGAGCCUGUGGAUGUUCCUGUCGAUGAUGACAAGGUGUUUACCGAGUUGGAGCUUGAGCGGGCCAUUGUGAAGGCAAAGGAUCCCCAGUCGAUCACCGAUAAGAUUGAAGAGCUGGAGGGGAAGCUGAGGGAUCGUUUUCACGAGCUGGCGAAGGAGCGCAUCAGGCGAGAUCGGUUGUUUUUGGACUCUGAACCCGAGGGCAUUCCUCUUGAGAGUGUUCCGCUCAAUGACGACGCGGAUUUUAGGCGUCUGGAGGGGCAGCUUCGGAAGCUCUCUCGUGA